UUUUUUUUCUUUGGUGCCCCACAAUGGUAGUAUGAAGCUGCUUCAGUUUCUGCAAAAUACUAACUUUCAAAACUGUUGGCAUAAUAAUGCAGUAGUUAGAGUGUACUACAACAGCAUUGUACUUCCAAAGGAAAUACUUGCCAUACAAGAACACAUGAAACUCUACAUGCAUGUGAGAUAUUAGUGUAAAACCAGAGAAUUGGAAAGAGUGUAUAUUAAGAAAAAAUAUUUAAUUCAUACUGCACAUGACAUCAUAAAGAUUGCUGUUCUAAACAGUAGAGAAAAUGCUUUUUUUUCCCCUCUCCCUUGUCAUUGUAGAAUAAGAACAGGGAUACAACCAAAAAUGGAAGAUCAAAAGGUGCAGAAAACACAGUGUGAUGUGAAGACAGAUCUGAACUUACUGCUUGAAUGCCUUAAAUACCAGAUGGACUGCCCUAUGUCUCAGAAAGAGGCUUUGAUAACUAUUUAUUCAAUCUGUCAACAAAACAGUGAAGCAAGUGAAUAUUUUCGAGAAAUUGGUGGUUUGAUGUUUAUAAAUGACCUUGCAAAGUCAAGUGUUCAUUGCAUAGUGAAGGAAGCAGCUUUAUUUACAUUAGGAAUUAUAAUAGAAAGUAAUGUUUAUUGUCAACAAACUUUGUGUACUCCUGCAUUAUUUGAAGAUCUUAUUUCAUUUUUAAUGAAUAAAGAUUCUGGUGUGAACUUGAAAAGGAUGUCUGUUUAUGUCAUCUUAGUACUGGUUUCAAAUAAUAAAAAUGGGCAAACAUAUGUCAGAGAAACAGGCUGCAUUGGUCUUCUGCUACAAUUAUUCAGAACAACUCUUUCCAUACCUGAGAUUAAUCUGUCAGAUAAAAAUAUUAAUCAGUGCUAUCAGCUGUGGUCUUCAGUCUGCAGUACUCUUUGUGCCUGUGUUAAUAAUCCUCAAAAUGAAGAUAAUCAAAAUAUUUGCUGUUCAGUUUUUUCAUAUGCAAAAGAGUGGCUAGAAAGUUGCAUAGAGCCUGAGAUAGUUCGUCCUAUCUGUUCAUUUGUUGGACUCACAGUUGCAAAUAACUCAUAUGUACAGAAAUAUUUUGCUUCUGUUAGAGGAUUGGAUACAUUAGCUAAGGUUCUCAUCAAGCUGAUGCAUGAUUCGUGUAUGAGCCACUCGAGCACAAAACUUGCAGUAGUAGUAACAAAGACUCUGGAUGCCUGCAUUGCUAAUGACUCUGCCAUGGGUGUUGUCUUGGCAAAGUAUCACACUGUGUCAGAGCUACUGAAGUUGCUGCCUAAUGACACUCUGGAUACAGGAGAAAAAAUUAGUAUUAUUCUAACAAUUGGACACUGUACUGAAGUUUGUGAAGAAAACCAGUAUGAACUACUUAAGAACAAUGGUCUUCCACUUAUGAUUCAAGUGUUAACUGAGUCUCAGGAUGAGGAACUAAACAAAGCUGCUACUUUUGUGCUGCAAAACUGCAGACAAAUGACUGAACAAUUGUCCCUGAAAAUAAAUGAGAAUUCAUUAAACGUGAACAGUGCAGAACAGCUGGAAUUGGAUGUACAAAGCAGAGAAAGAACUCUACAAGACUACUGGAAGAAAGCAAAAGAAAUUUUACACAGAAUAAACUUGAUUGAAAAAGAACAUGAUGAGGAAAGAGUACAAAGAAAAAUAUUUGUUGACAGAUCUUCAGAAGCCAGUACUGACACAUCAAAAUACCGUGAAGUGAAUACUAGUGACCCAAAAAAUCAUAUGGAAAGAAUGUAUAAAGUAUGUUGUCCACAGUUAACCUGCAAGUCAAAUGACUGGAUUCUUGCUCCAUCUGCAAAUUCUCUACCACUGCAGAAUGAAAUACCGAAGACUAUGAAUCUAAUAAAUGCUUCUACUGGACAUAGUGAACAGAAUAUUAUUCCAUGUUCAGCUGAACGGCAAACAGACUGUGUACUUCAAAGUCAUAGUAUAAAUGAAAAAAAUGUUUGUGGAAAAAAACAGUCUGUUCAAGCAAGUGAACACUUGUUUAAACAACCAGAAAAGAUUGUUAAAAGCCUGAAACAGGCAUGCACAUCAGAUCAACAUUCAUCCUACGCAGAGAUAACUAAGGAAGAAAAAAGUAUUUUGACUACAUCUGCAUCUCUUAAAACAGCAGAUUUAAGGUGUUUAGGAUGUACAGCAUCAGGCCUGUCCUUCAAUAGCAAAACCUUUAGCAAGAUGUUGCAAACUUGUCCAUACCCAUGUGAUCGUCACAAAGUCAUUCUGGAAGCUGAAAAAAGAUACAAAAAAGAACUUAGGAAAUUGGCUGUUUGUAACAACAGUAGUUAUGCAGCUUAUGAGAAAAUACUGUUAACACCAGUGAAUAAAGGAAGACUGCACAGAGAGACAUCAACUUUUAAGACCAGAAACGAAAAAUUCCAAAGUAUACUUUUGACUCCAAUUAGAAAAAACAAAACUGAUGCUUCAAACAGAGAUGAGCAUAGUAACAAUAUUUGGUUGACUGAAAAGUAUAACUUGAUACCUACAUAUGAAAGAUCUCUCCAAAAAAAACAACAUGCUAACUUGAGGAGACAGAGUCAAAUGUGCAACCAAGAAUAUCAAUGCUUAAAAAAAAACUGUAUAUGUUCACUUGACAAAGAUGAGGUAAGCUAUAACAAGAAAAAAUGUUCCCUGGAUGUGAAUGCAAGAACUUUGAAAAAGAGAAAAAGAACCCCAGACGAUUUGACAACUGAAGAAAUUACCCAUCUUUUGUUUAAAAAAUAAGUCAUCACUGAGUUUUAAAAAAAAAGAAAAGGCCAUCACAGGAAUUUUAUUUUGUUGUCCUACCCACUUCAGAAAGGAUGGACAAAUGUUGUUCUUUCCAAGAAAUAUCACAAGUUACAGACACAAGUUACUGAAAUUUGAUUUUCUACUAUCAUACAUGCUGUUAGGUCAGUUCUCAGUUCUUGACCCCGAUCCUACUUGUCAAAAAGGACAGGAUACCCCCCAGAACAUUACAGAAUUUGCAGCCCAUGGGGUUGCACUUUGUGUCAUUCCAGUGCUGUGCUGUACCAAGCAUUGGAAUGGUCUUUGUUACAACAGUGCUGUGGCUGGGCUUAGAGCACUGGGCACUUUUAGAGAGCUUUUCUGCCAUACUGACCUUACCUGACAGGAUACAGUGAGAAUAAGAAUUUCACUUAAGCAUUCUAAAUUAAUCCAUAUAUUUACUAGGAAGUGCAAGUAAAUAUUGAGUUCAAAUACCUUUUUUGAUGGCUUAUGAAAAUCUCCCUGGCAAUUUUUACCAUGUUUAAUAUGCAUACUCCUUGCACAGAGAUGCUGUCUAUAGAUAGAAUAGAUGGUGUUUCUGCUGUUUUUUAGAAAUGUGUGUGUGUUUAGCAGCAAGCAUUUUUCUACUUAAACCUUUUCUAGAAUAGCACAAUGUUUUGUGUCGACAUUUUUCUUGAUAUUUUUUCUCUUAUGUCUUGCUUUACAGAGGCAGGAAAAAAACAAAAAGCAUCAGUAAUAUCUUUCAAGAGGAUUUUGUAUUUUGACACAAUGUUGAAGAACAGCAAAAUUAAGUGAGGCACUGCAAUAACAUGAUCUGUUAGAGAGUUGUUUUAGAUUGGUUUGGACUCAUGUUUUUCAAUGCUAACGUUCACAUACAGAAAUUGUUAUGCUUUGCAAAAUUCAAUUUAAUGUAACUUGGUAAGUUUUUUUUUUUUUUUUAAUAAUGCUAAUAUACCUAAAGGAAAAUCUUUACCAGUAAAAGUUGGGUUUUUUUGUUUUGGUUUUUUUUUUUUUUUUUAAUUUUACUCUAACCUCCUCUGUCAUCUGAUUUAUGUGAUACUCAACAUGUUUUUUUGUUUGAAUCUUUUUACGGUCUGUUUUGUCCCAUUUGUAAGAAAAGGUUAUGUUGCUAAAACUAAUAGUUUAUGUAAGAUACUGAUAAGUGUUAAUGUUGUGCAUUUUUUUCCUCCUAAUCAAUGGAAUGUUUACAGUAGCUAAAAUAUUUUGUCAUGUAUUUGAUGUACUGUAUAUAUAGGAAAAUAGGAUAUAUUGACAGAAGUAUAGAUGAGAUGUUUAUUGUUCUAAGUUAUGCAGCCAGGUCAACAAUUAGGAGAAUUUGUUUGUAAAUAGAAGUAUUUAAGAGAUUGCAAGGCUCACAAAGGCUUCCGGUAAUAUCAAAACUUUUUUUUAAAGAUACAAAUGGUCAUAACUAUUGAAUUUGAACGUACAAGUUGCAGAAAAUGAGGAAAUGGAAGAAAUUCCAUGUGCUAGAGAGAUUUCUAGACAGAUGUUUUCAGAAAGAAGACUGUGAUAGAACAAGUUUUAUAUAUUUUUUUUUAUUCCUGUUUGCAAAUAAUCUGAUGUAAGACUGGGUGUCACCCACUCUUCUGGGUGACAGAAAAUAUAUGUUUGUACACUACUGAAUAUAAGUAGGUAAAUCCUUCACUGGUGUAACCAGUAAAUUGAAAUAGCUUGUGGAAAUGCCAGAACUUUUAAAUAAAAGAUUUAG